AUGGAUGCUUGGCCAAACGACGCAGGAUUCGAUACUGACUAUCAAGAACUUGAGCCUAUUCCGUUGCCCGUCAAGGGUAGCAUUCCACACUAUGCGGCCGGUGUCCUAUAUCGGACAGGACCACUGGGUUACAAGGCCAAGGCGAAGAACGGCAAGACUUUUGCAGCAAAGCAUUGGUUCGACGGCUUUUCCGCUAUUCAUCGCUUCCAGAUAGACUUCCCUGGCCCUAAAGAGCCAGCAAAAGUCAGCUACAGAUCUCGCCGUACCGUGGACGAGUAUCUUGAACAUGUUCGUGCAACCGGUAAAGGUGAGGGUCUCACAUUUGCUUCGAAACGAGACCCAUGCGAGAGCCUUUUCAAGAAAGUCAUGGGUGUCUUUGUACCAUCGCGCGACAAUAAGAAUGUAGGCGUGACGCUCUCAAUCAACAUGCCUGGAGGAGGCUGUAUUGGCAACUUGGAGAAGUCGGCAGUCAACGGCCACACAAACGGCAUUCAGACUCUCCACGCAAAGACCGACAAUCACAUGAUCAAAAAGAUAGACCCUGAGACGUUGGAGCCACAAGGUGUUGCUGUUCAGGAAUUGCUACACCCUGAUCUGAAAGGACCUAUAUCUGCUGCUCACGCCAAGUCCGAUCCUAGAACGGGCGACAUCUUCAACUUCAACCUGGAGUUCGGUCGUGAAUCCACCUACCGCAUCUUCCGCACUUCAUUCUCUACAGGAAAUACGGAUGUCCUUGCAACCUUCCAUGGUAAGCCAGCGUACAUCCACUCGCUUUUUCUCACUGAAAACUACGUCAUCCUCUGUGUUUGGAAUAGCCACUUCACUGGGGCUGGCAUCUCGCUUUUAUACCACCAGAAUAUGGUCCAGGCCAUCGCACCUUUCGACCACAACUCCAAGACAAUAUGGUACGUCAUCGACCGCAGUCAAAAUCGUGGGCUCGUGACCACCCACACUAGUGACGCUUUCUUCUGCUUUCACAGCGUCAAUGCCUGGGAAGAGCCUUCGGCCAGCAACCCCUCCCAAACAGACAUAAUCACCGAGCUCUCCAUCUUUGAGAACACCGAUGUAAUCCACCGUUUCUACUACGACAACCUGCUCUCCUCACUCUCCACUCCAGACUCAGAAUAUGCAAGCAAAAAGCGCCUCUCUUGUCUACCCAUGCAAGCUCAAUUCCGACUACCCGGUGUUUCUGCCGCUCUCCAUGAUGGCCAACCCAGAGACGCCCAGAGACUUUUCUUGGCGGAUAAGAUGGUCUCCCUUGAACUUCCUACCAUAAACCCGUCCUAUCUUACCCGUCGUCACCGCUACACGUACGGCUGCGCCGACCGUCUCAAAUCCUCAUUCAUGGACGGGAUAGCCAAGUUCGACAACACCACACAGACCAGUAUCUUCUGGGAACAGGAGGGGCACACGCCAGGGGAGCCGAUUUUCGUCGCCGACCCCAAAGGCAGCGAGGAAGACGAUGGCGUGCUGUUGACCGUCGUUCUCGAUGGCUCUGUCGAGCGGAGCUACCUCCUCGUUCUCAACGCGAGAGAUUUAGAGGAGGUGGGCAGGGCAGAAGUACCGGGCCCUGUGGCUUUCGGGUUCCAUGGUGCUUUCAAGGGACUUGGCACGAAGUACACGGGGGACGUUUGA